AUGGAGGCUUGGAAGACGAUGAACAAACUUGUAAGGUAUACAGAGGCCCUUAUUGUGGCGUUUGUCAUCAUUCUAUAUCUUUUAGGGCUCUAUGAAGCCGUUAUUGUUUCAGGCGUGUCGAUCCGGCUUUACCUGCUCAUAACUUCCUUUUACUACUAUGUAGGAUGCCUUGCAAAAUCACCUGGGCAGCUCCUCGACUUCGGAGAUGCAAAUGUAAAGGGAAUAUGCAAUAAAUGCAACAGAAUAGUGGGGACAAAAACGAUUCAUUGUGAAAUAUGCAACAAGUGUUAUCACAGAAGAGAUCACCAUUGCCCAAUAAUAGGGAGGUGUGUUGCAUCAAACAACAUCAAGGAUCUGUACUUUGCUGUGUCCUUCAUAGGGCUCCACUCACUGGCAGCAAUCCUUAAAGGCUCAAAUAGGUUUGCUUAUAUGAUGUCCAUCCACAGAUACCUGUUUGUCAUGUCGAGUGCAUUUGCAUGCUGGCUGACAUUUCUCAUUCUCACAGGUAAAACGACGAAGGAGCUGAUGAAAUUCCAGGGGAGGAUAACAGACGAGGUAAGGAUGUUUAGGCUGAAAGAAGUAUUUCGCGACGGGCUUGUAGGAACAUUAGCCCCUUAUUUGAGAUGGAAGACAUCUAUUGUCAAGUAA